AGCACCUGUCGGACAUGCUGACAGCCCUCUGCACAUGCGCAGUGGCUGCCCUACUCCUCCUCCUCCUGGCGAGUGAAAACUUGUUUCUUCUCAGGAAUGGCGUUUUCACAGGGAAAAGGUGAAACAGACAGAGGGAAGAGGAGACAGGAGAAACUCGACGAUGCAUUAAUGUCUUUCAGAAAAUACCAUUCGACCUUUCCAAAGGUCCACAAAGCCACUGUGUGACAUUGUUUUUAACUUCUGCAUCACCCGAAGUUUGUUGGUGUAGGUGUUCGCCUUACCUGCACAGAUGUAUUCAAAGUUCUAACUGGAUUUAAAAGGAUUGCUCCAUUAUUGAUGCUAUGUGAAUCAUAUUCAUGGCUCAAGGCAGUUACAUCUUAAGAAAUGUGCCAGGUCAAAGCACUGACGAGUGCGGUCCUAACUUCCCGGGCAUUAACUACAAUUACCAGUCGGACUUGGACUACCUCAAGUGCGUGGACAGUUUUCAACACGGCACCACCAUUAAGCGGCUAAGCCUCAAGAGAAGGCCCAGAGUGGCCAUCAGUAAUGUGGAAAAAACACAGAGUGGCAUUUCAUCCAGUCAGUGGCAUUCUGCAGAAUCACUGUCAUCGUCUAGCAGUGAUGAUACAAGACUACUGGGCAUGUCUUCUACAACCAGAGGUCGACCUCCUCUCCCUCCACCACAUGGUUCCUCAGUGGAAAACAAACCCUUCAGGAAUGAAGGAACAGCAAUGUCUCUCAUGCUUAAUGAGUCCAAGCCUCAGCCUGCUGCAAGGACUCUUGCUUUACAAAGACAAAGCCCGGUACUGGAAAAGACCAUGGAGACACGCAAACACUUGGAUCAAGGGGUGACAAACCAGCCUCCACCUCAACCCCAUCCCCGUCGACGACUCGCCAGCUUUGGAGGCGUAAGCUCCCCCGGGUCACUCUCCCCCUUCACUGGCUUAGGUGCCUAUAACCACAACAACAAUGGGAACAAACCUACUGGUGCAGGAAGUGACAUGCACGUCCACCUUAGCUCAUCCCUGGGCAGUCGUGGCAGUACAGGAUGCCUUAGGCUAAGCCCACAGAGCUCUGGAAGGACCACGCCAGUAUCAGGUCUUGGCCCCAUGCACCUGCAGCAUGUCCGUGACCAGAUGGUAGUAGCUCUGCAGAGGCUGAAGGAGCUGGAGGAGCAGGUCAAAAUUAUCCCUAUCCUCCAGGUGAAAAUCUCAGUCCUUCAGGAGGAAAAGAGGCAACUGGUGUUUCAGCUUAAGAACCAGAGUGGCAAUGAGGACAUAAAUGAUGUGAUCUGGAAGAGAGAGUAUAGCCUGGAAAGGUUCAGGGAGAAUAGUGAUGAAGCGCUUGAGGAUAUGAGAAGUGACUACACUGACCUCAAGGAGUUCAAGCAACUAGCAGAAGAAGUGAAAGCAUUGGAAAGAACCAUCAAAGGCCAUCCUCCACUACAAGACAAGACUAGCAGGUCAGUUGCAGUUGAAACUGAUAAAAAUAUUGCCAGAAAAGAAAACAAAUAUGCGUACACGGAUCAAGUAGAGAUGAGGUCCAUUGCAACAGAGGUGUCUGAAGUUAAUCUUGGAAUCUACGCAGAACGGGAUGCAGAACUCGAUGCUCAACAAGUUCUGAUCGGCGCCUUAAAGGAGAGAAUUUGUCACUUAGAAGCCGAGUUGAAAGAAUCAGCUCUCCAGACGGAGAUGAGCCGUCUAAAACUAGAGCUUCAAGCUGCAGGAGCUAGGAACCGAGCUGAUAAAGCCUCUUUUGCUAGACCAUCCACAGUGAGCACGGGCACCGAGGCGAGGCCUCACACCACAAGCCAAGGAGUGGGCAAUCACACGGAGGUCAGAGAUGCCAGCACAGGAGAGGUAAUACAAGUGAAGACUGUGGGAGUUUCUUGUUGUAGGCCUGAGUUAAAGGAUGUUUGCACAGGACCAGAUGUACCCAUGAGCUACUGGGAGGUCAGGAAGCGAGUGGAGACCAUGGAAAAGGGCGUGGGGAUCCACGUUUUUACAAACACACAAGGAGUUGGGAUGGAGAUAAAAUUAUGUGAUGCAGAAACGAACACAGAGGUACCAGUGGAGAAUUUGCGGUCUAAAAAAGGAAAGAUUAAGUAUAAAUCAGUGGCUUGUGGUGACUGUUCUGUUGAUGUGAUCAUCUGUGAGGCAAAGGAAGUGGUUUCUCAAGGUAUUGCCACAGAUCAAGUCCGAGGAGUGGAUUUAGGAAUCAUGGCAUCGCCCCAAACAGCUUCUCAGCGUACCAACACUGUGUCCAGUUCAGUGUCUCGCUUUACCAACACCAGCCAUGCCUUCAACUCAGACUCCAGCACCAAUACUGUCCUAAAUACCAAAGACAAGCACACUAACACUACUCAGAUUGUUACGAGGACGGUGUCAGUCGGCAACGGGGUCAAAGAUCUAAAACGCUCUCCAGAAACCUGCACAAUCGGUGUUGGAACUGCAAAUAUGAAUUUUGCAAGUGCCUUAAAACGAACACCAGCGACAGUCACAAAGGUAACCAGGGACACUGGAGUUGGAUUCACGAACAUUAAUGAUAAUUUUCUGAUUGGACUGAAAACCCGAAAUAUGGCCUCUGGACCGUCCCAUCUACCUGACCCCAUCAAGACGAGGAGCAUCGGUGUAGGGGAGGGGAGGAUACGGGAUUUGUCAGCUUCACCCGGGAAACCGGACCAGACGUUGCAGCAAUCAUCACAGUCUCAGUGGGACCCUGAGCUAAACCAUUACAUAGAAAAGAUGCACAGGCUCCUCAGAGAGCAUGGGGACCUGCUUACAGAGGAUUGCACUCACCAGAGGGAAGGAUUUGUCCAGCAGCAGAGUAGCCGAGGAAGUGCCAGCUCCAAGCUGUCGUGCAAUAACAAAGCUCCAGUACAGGGAGGACCAAAAGACCAUCCUUUAGAUUCUCAGCCACCUGUCAGCAGAGAGUUCCAGUCCACAUCUCAACUUUCAGUUGACUCUUCUAAGUGUGACAGAGCAAACCCAGGAAUCUGCCAACAGGGUGGCACUGAUUCAGAGGUCAAGAGAAUGAUCCAGAUGUUAGAACAACAGGCGUCCUCCGCUCUGCAAGACAGAUCAACUAAUACUGGUGUGCUGCGGUCUGUGAUGAAGAAACAGAACGGUGACCAAGGCUGUAGCAGCACCAGGAAGAGCAUGAAGUUCAUGAGGGUGACCACAGGACUGGAUCCCAUGGCAUCUUUGGUGCUUCCUGCAGGUGAGAAGGCCAACUCUGAGGAAGCGGAAAGGAAAGGAAACAAAAAAUUGCGGGAACCUUCUCAAGAUGGAACGCAAGCGAAAAAGGGCAAAGGUGGCUCCAACAAAGGGUCAAAGGGGUCCGCGAAAUCACAUGCACACCAAAGGUGCAAGUUAAACGACAAGAUUUUUUCUGCUUGUCAAGCCUUAAAGAUGCACUUGAGUGACAACACGGCUUUAUCUAGCAAGGACGUGCAUGACUGUCUACAAACCCUGCAGCAGGAAUGGUUUUCUGUGUCCAGCCACAAGUCAGCGGCUCCUGACACGGUGGAGGACUACAUGUCUACGUUUCGGGUUAUUUCACCCUCAGUAUUGCAACACGUCGCUAAUAUGGCUGACGGGAACGGAAACACAGCGCUGCACUACAGUGUGUCUCACUCCAACUUUGGCAUUGUCAAGAAACUGCUCGAUGCAGAGGUGUGUAACGUGAAUCAACAGAACAAAGCGGGUUACACACCCAUCAUGCUGGCCGCACUCGCCGCCGUGGAAAGUCCAGAAGACAUGCGAGUCGUGGAGCAGCUCUUCACUAAAGGAGACGUCAACGCUCGGGCCAGCCAGGCCGGUCAGACCGCUCUGAUGCUGGCCGUGAGCCACGGGAGGAUGGACAUGGUGCGGGCGCUCCUGGCACAAGGGGCGGAGGUCAACCUCCAGGACGACGAGGGCUCCACGGCGCUGAUGUGUGCGAGCGAGCACGGCCACGCUGACAUUGUUAAACUACUGCUGGCGCAACCAGACUGCGACGCCACCCUGACUGACAGUGAUGAGAGCACGGCCCUGUCCAUUGCUCUGGAGGCAGGACAUAACGACAUCGCAGUCCUCCUUUAUGCACAUGCCAACUUCUCCAAAGGACAGACUGGAGCGGCUGCACGGCACAGCGGCAAGUCUCUCUCCUCCUCUGCCGGUAGAAAUGGCUUCGAAUGAGGUGACGCUCCGUCACGGAUGAAUGGAUGCUUCUCACAUCUAAUGCAUGAGGUGAUUCAGUAACACGGGGGUCAGUUUCAAAACUUGUAGUUGGAUAUCAGGUUUCAUUAUUCUCCUUUUGAUGAUGGUUCCUAGUGUAGCAUAGCAUUGCAUGAGUGUAUUAUAUUAUAUCUCAGCAGGUGAUAUAUGCAUGGCAGAGUAUAUUACUAUUCUGUGUUCAUUCAGAGAUCACGGUUAAUUGUUGUAUCCUGCAGUAACGCAUGGCGACGCUACGAUUUUAUAACUGCAGAAGACAAAUAUAGUAUCAGAGGUAUACGGUACAUUAUCAUCAGACCCAGAGAGGUGUGAGCAAAUAUGCAAAUGAAGAAAAAAAAAGAUGUUAAAUAGUUAAACGCUUGAUUUUGUUACUUAAUUUAGGAAAACUAGGUGAAUUUUGUACAUCCACGACUGAUUUAUUUGUAUUUAUAAGAUGGUACUUUUGCUGUAUCUGUACUGCUUUUACUCCAAGAGUCAUGAUAAAUGUUUUAAACA